AUCACACCCUAGCUGAUAAACGGCGCGUCGAUUGACCUGUGGAGUUAGAUCUAUGAAGUUUGUUGGGCAAGAAUGAGGAAAAAAACCGUGCUAUACUACCUACUUUAUGAUGGGAUGAACACAGAGGGACAACUUUUCAGAGCCAAGAAAGAUGAUAUAAUACAUUUCGUUCUGGACGUAUCUUUGGUUGGUGAAAAUGUUCGGUUUUUCAUCAAUUACCCAGAAUCUGGUCAAUCAUUUCAAAGGCUAAAAUAUAGAGAACUUGUUUUGAAGAAUCCGACCAUCGGGGGCAUAAAUUAGAUUGUUUUGAUAAUUUUUUCGAACUAAAAACUUCGUCAGUGUGUGGCGCGUUUCAGUUUUAUUUUUCGAAAGAUGGAUCGGCUCCAUGUUUGUCGACAAGCAAUAUGUACGUAAAAGAAAGCAUUGCAGGGUGUGGAUAUAUCAGUGUAGACCCUUCGUUCACUGGGAGACAAGUUAUCAUUGGGUCAUGCGAAAAGAGCUGUGGAAUGGAGUGGGAUUUAAGUGGUGUUGUACUUCAAUCUUACUUAUCUAAAAACUUGGGCCCAUUCCCUGAAUGGGAAUCGAGACUUCAGGCGGUUAAGGAAGGUGGAUACAACAUGAUUCAUUUUACACCUCUUCAGGAACUUGGUUAUUCUCGCUCCGCUUAUUCCCUUCGGGAUCAACUUAGAGUAAAUCCCAGUUUUACCCCACCUGGAGCAAACAAAACGGUUGAUUGGUCUGAUGUUGAGGAUUUCGUCCGACAUUUAGAAAAUAACUGGGCAGUACUUAGUAUGACCGACCUUGUCUUCAAUCACACAUCAAAUGAUAGUCCCUGGGUCCAUGAACAUCCUGAAUGUGCUUAUAAUGUUGUCAACUCUCCUCACCUAGUACCAGCUUAUCUACUUGACCAUAUUGUUUGGCGUUUAACAAUGGAGGCCAGCACAGGAUCGCUUGCCAGCCAAGGCAUCCCAUCUGUCCUGAAGAAUCCCGAUAGCGAGCUGCCAGCAAUGGAAUGGUGGCUCACUCAGAAAAUAGGUCCAGCUAAGCUGUACGAGUUUUUCUUGGCAGACAUUGAUUUGGUUUCACAGGAGUUUAUCGUUUGGUUAACUAAACAAAAUUUGGACCCAAAAUCUACUCAAAACACAUCAAACUUGUGUCUUAAAGUUGACGGACCCAGAAGAGGAAAAAGAUUUGGAGCCACUGUUGAUUUUCCUACUGCUUAUCAGCUUAUUGUGGGGAAAGAGAGUCAACUUCCUCUCUCUCUGACCGAAGCUGAAAAUGCAGCUAAAGAUUUACGAAGCAGACUAACCUAUUUGAAUAAUGAUAAGAUUAAUGAAAUCAAGCAUCACUUACAAGUUGCAGUAGGAAAUGUUUUGGCUAAUGCUCGCUAUCGAUUUUAUGACCCGAAUGGACUAAAGCUUACAACAGUUACACCAGAUACACCAAUAAUGUGGGCAUACUUUUAUCAUCCCGUGCCAAAUGUAGAGACUAUUGAACAAGCCGAAGCGGUUCUAGAAACCAAGGAUGCAGCGAAAAUUAUGGCUUUUAACGGGUGGGUGAUGAAUGAUGAUCCCCUCAGAAACUUUGCAGAGCCCAGUUCUUUCGUGUAUUUACGCCGUGAACUGAUUGUAUGGGGAGAUUCAGUGAAGCUACGUUAUGGAGAUAAACCUGAAGACAGUCCUUAUCUGUGGGAUCGAAUGACAAAGUAUAGCGAACUAACUGCAAAAAUAUUUCAUGCAGUGCGAUUGGAUAAUUGUCAUAGUACACCUCUUCACGUGGCACAGUAUAUGAUUGAUAAAGCUAGAGCUGUACGGCCAAAUCUUUAUGUAGUCGCAGAGUUAUUCACUGGUGGAGAAUAUGUUGAUAAUAUUUUCAUUAAUAAAUUAGGCCUUAGCUCUUUAAUACGUGAGUCAUUAUCAGCCAAUGAUUGUCAAGAUUUGGGUCGACAAGUGCAUCGUUACGGUGCAGUUCAACCUGCUGGAGCAUUUUUUGAAAGAUCAAGACCACGUCGUUUAUAUCCAAGCAUAUCGCACGCUGUCCUGUAUGAUCAAACACAUGAUAAUCCCAGUGUAUUGGAAAAACAUUCUGUUUUCAACUAUUUACCACUAUCUGCGAUUGGAUCGUUUGCAUGUUGUGCAGUAGGUAGUACGCGAGGUUACGAUGAAUUAGUUCCACACUACAUUGACGUUGUCAAAGAAGAACGCUACUAUUCUCAGUGGCCUAACCAAGUGAAUUAUGAUAUUGGCAUAAUUAAGCCUAAAUCUAUACUAAAUGAAUUGCAUAGAUGGUUAUCAUCUGAAGGAUUUUAUGAAGCAUUUGUUGACCAGGUUACUCCAAAUAUAUUAGCUGUGACACGAUUCUGUCCAGAAACGCGUGAAGCUGUCUUACUGGUAACGCAUACAGCUUUCUACGAUCCCGGUCCGAAUCCACAUCAUUCAGAUUUUCAACCAAUAAAACUAGGUGGGCGAGUGAAUAGAUUACUGUGUGAAAUUCUCAGCACCUUUAAAGGUGAUUAUCCACCACAGAAAAAUUUCAAAAAGGAUCCAAAGUAUAUAAAUGGUUUAAUGUGUAUGCAGUAUUCAAUUUUGCAGAAUGUAGCAGCCAGUGAAAGCAGAACAUUUCAUUUGAAUACACAUCAAGAUGAAUCUGGUGUUGUUGUGGAUAGCCUGGUAUUUCAUAACUUCCCACCAGGUUCAGUGGUGAUUGUUUCAGUUAAAUUAGACGAUAAUCAACAACAAGCUAUUGCCGAUUUGCAUAAUUUCAUGUCACAGCAGUUCGACUGUCGUUUAUAUGAACCACGUACAAGUCAAGCAAUGGGUAAAGGUGAAAAUGCGUAUAUUCCCUUGAGCUUACCAUCUCGAGAAAGUGUACUGAAACCAAAUUCAAUUAGAGUCCUUUUGGGCAAUUUAAAUCUACUUGAAUUGAAUAAAUUGCUCUAUAGAUGUUCAGCUGAAGAAUUAGCUGAUGGAUGCGGUUUCAAUACUUAUCAGAUUCCUGGAUGGGGCACAUUAGUUUACUGUGGAUUUCAGAGUAUCUCUAAUCUACUGCAAGGAAUUAAUGAUCGAAAUGAUUUAGGCCAUCCAAUCUGUUCACAUCUUCGUCAUGGUGAUUGGUUAGCUCACUAUCUCACUGAUCGCUUGGCAAAAUUACCGCUUAAUUCAGAUAAACUUAUAACUGAGGCAAUUAUUCAAAUGAGUGAAAUACUACGUAUCAUGUAUAAACCAUUGUCAAAUAUUCCACGAUAUUUGGUUCCUGCAUACUUUGAAGUCUUAACUAAUACGCUAACUGAAUUUAUCAACCUUGAAAUUACUUUACGAAUGGCACCUUGGAUAAGAACUAGUUCUUCGUUAGCUAAAAGGUUAGCAGUAGCAAGUAUUCAGUUUUAUGGUUAUAUUGGAAACAGUCGAAUCCCAGGGAGAAUUUCUAAUAAUCAGUCAAAAGAAUCACAACCUGGAGCAAUGUAUUGCAGUCUGGCUGCUGGUCUACCGCAUUUUGCCGAAGGAAUGUGGCGUUCUUGGGGCAGAGAUACAUUUAUCUCUUUACGAGGAUGUCUUCUCUUAACAGGACGUUUUGAAGAUGCUGCCAACUUAAUACUCAGCUAUGCAAGCUUAUUAAGGCAUGGAUUGAUACCCAAUCUGAUUGGCGAUGGUUAUACUGUUAGACCAAGAUAUAACUGCAGGGAUGCAGUUUGGUAUUGGUUGUAUUCUAUUGUCGCUUAUCAGCAAACAAUUACAAGCAGUGAAAAAUGUGGCUUGCAAGGAGACGUUGAUAAGUCUGAUAGUAUUUUGAACUGUCCAGUUUACAGAUGGUUCCCGAAUGAUGAUGCAGAUGGAUGGCCUGAUGAAUACAUGACAACUUCAACGUCCGGUCACUGUGUUCAACCGUUGCAUGAAGUAAUGCAAGAGGCUUUACAACGACAUAUUUUAGGCAUUGAUUUCAUCGAAAGAAAUGCUGGACCUAAUUUGGAUGAACAAAUGAGACCAGAAGGAUUUAAGGUCGAGGCUAAUAUUGAUUUAAACACAGGAUUUCCUCGUGGUGGUAACGCUUUUAAUUGCGGCACUUGGAUGGACAAAAUGGGUAGUUCUGCAAAAGCUGGUAAUAAAGGCAUACCAGCCACACCCCGUGAUGGUUCUGCAGUAGAAUUAGUAGGAUUGGCGUAUGCAGUUGUGUCGUGGUUGGAAAAGGCGCAUAAUCAAGAAAAAACCCAUGCGAAUUACUAUCCACAUUUAGGUGUUAAACUACAAUCGAAUAAAGAAUUUUCGUGGAAAGAAUGGUCCAAUCUGUUGAAAAAUUCGUUUGAAUCUUAUUUCUGGAUUCCGGACAACACGAAUGACCCUUCAUUAGUUUAUAAUAAGGGGAUUUAUAGAGAUUCUGUUGGCUCAUCUGCAGGAUAUACAGAUAAUCAACUGCGUCCAAACUUUUUCAUCACAAUGGUUGUAGCUCCUGAAUUAUUUACACCUGAGCGUGCAUGGAAUGCUCUUGAAAUUGCUCAGAAAAAGUUAGCUGGUCCAUUGGGUAUGUGCACUUUGGGUCGAGAUGAUUUAGCCUAUCGAGGAUAUUAUGACAACUCAAAUGACAGCUCUGAUUAUGCUAUAGCUCGAGGAUUUAAUUAUCAUCAGGGCCCAGAAUGGAUAUGGCCAACCGGAUAUUAUCUCCGAGCUCGUAUUCUGUUCUCUCGUAUACUGAGUCAACUUGAUCCUAACAAAUGGAAUCAUCUCACUGUUAAGGUGGAUAAAGAAUGCCAAAAAAUGCUCGCCAGACUUAACGAUAGAUUGCAGUCAAGUCAAUGGUUUUCCCUUCCCGAGUUGACAAACGCAAAUGGUGAGUUAUGCAAAGACAGUUGUGAAGCACAAGCAUGGAGUGUCGGCUGUAUCCUAGAGGCUAUUUACGAUCUUGUCUUCGUGGAAAGCAAAUAAUCCUUGUUAAUUUUCAGAAUUAAUUUUAGCAUUAUUAUUAUUAUUUCAACAGUAGUUUAAUAUUCUCUAAUCAGAAAUGAUCACACCCUUAUUUUUAAAUUAUCAUUAUGUGCAUGAAUUUUAUCUUGAUAUUUCUAACUUUUAUCAGGUUUUCCUGUUCCUUUUGUUUUUUUUUUUUUGCUUUGCAAUCCGUGGCCUACUAGUCAUUUAUUAUUAUUUCUAAUAUUUAUAGUGCUUUCAUCACAAUGUAAAUUUAUAGACAAAUAUAGAAUAAUUUAACCUUUUCACACUCCCUAAUAAAUAAUAUGAUGCUGAAAUGCUUUCUGUGUGUGCUUACUGUCCUUAUGGAAUAAACUUGGCGGAUGACUUUCCC